AUUCGGUGAGCCGCGCUCAUUCUUAGGCGAGACAUCGUGUUGUACGGUUGUACGUGAUCGAAAACGAUAUUUGUAAUAAUCAAAUUCGUUCGCGAUAGCAGUGCUUCUUAUUGAUAUAUACGAGCUCGUACAUCAUUUUCAGUGGCUUUUGGUGUAAGGAAACACAAGUGUGACUUAUAGAAAAAUCAUGGCUGACAGUGGUAUCAAGCGUAAUAUUCCUAUCAAGCUCGGUGACUUCAGCGUAAUAGACACCGAAUUUUCCAACAUACGGGAACGCUUCGACGCCGAGAUGAGAAAGAUGGAGGACGAGAUGUCACGAUUCAGAAGCGAAUUGAUGAAUCGCGAAAGCAACAACUUCUUUAAGAGUACUACCAGUCGACAUCACACGAGCACCAGCGAACACCGUACCUCGACGACCUCGAAGAGCGAAGGUUGGGACAAGGUCGAUCCUGCAGCACCGCCAACGCGGUCCGCGUUCGACAGCUUCAAAAGCACCACAACGCAGAGCACUCAAAACAGUUCUCUCAGCCCCCCACACGACUCGGCGUGGCUCGACGGGUUGAACAGCCCGCUCAUUCAGGACGAAGGGGACAGCAAAUGCCUGAAACUUCGUUUCGACGUCUCCCAGUACACGCCUGAGGAGAUCGUUGUCAAGACCGUGGACAACAAACUAUUGGUCCAUGCAAAACACGAAGAGAAGACAGAGAGUAAAUCGGUGUACAGAGAGUACAAUCGCGAAUUCCUGCUGCCCAAGGGAACCAAUCCCGAAAGUAUCAAGUCUUCGUUGAGCAAAGAUGGCGUGCUCACCGUCGAGGCUCCGCUUCCGGCGAUUGGCACAGGCGAGAAGCUCAUCCCAAUUGCGCAUCAAUAGAUCGCCCAAUCGACCAGUCGAACGCACGAAAAAAACGAAUUUUUAAAAUCCCCUUCGAAAUUCCAUCAUUCGCGUGUCCAUUAGAUCGCUUCCUUCCUAUCUUUUCUAUGUGAAUCCAUCAAUUCCCGUAAAAUCCAUUUUUUUUUCUUUUUUUUUUUUUUUUUGUAAUUUUUCUUCGAGUUUAGUUUCUUUCCUUUUUUUUUUUUCUUUCUUUUUCGUUCUUUCAUUCGCUGUGAACACCCGUCUUAUCGUUCAAUUUAAUCGAGCGAUAUUUAUCCCUUUCCUUUUUAAUUCGAAGGAACAUUACGAAUUUUUAUUUUUGUUUUUAUUUUGUUUUGUUUUGUUUUGUUUUUUCUUUUUUCUUUUUUUUUUUACUUGAUUAAAACGAUCGAGAUUCAAUACCCAAUAGAUUUCAGAUUUCGAGAUAAAAGAUGUGGAAAUUGGAUUAUAAGAAAAAAAUAAAUAUAAUGAAAAAGCGAGGUUCGCAGCGAAACAUACCAAAUAUAUCUGCGAAUUAUAGUUUUUCUCCGCAAGGGAAUAUAGAAGAAAGUGUAUUCGAACAUCUUUUGUCCUUCGAACAAGUCAAAAUAUUCUAACGAUUUUAUAUCGGAUGAUAAAUAUCAAAUGUUCAGCUUUUUUUUUUUAGAAAUUUAUAUGUAUAUAUACAUAUAUAUUUAUAUAUUUUUUAAAGUUUAAAGUUUUUUGUGUUAAGAAACAAAACAUAACCUGAAAAUAUUUAUAAACAACGAUAAUCAAAUGUUAGAAAAACGAGUUCUUUAUUCGAAGUAUAUAAGAUGUCAUAAAUACAUUCAGCAUCCAUGAGAUUUGUAUAAAAAGAUUAUUCUAUACAUAUUUGAUAUGCAAUGUUUCUUUUUUCGAUCAGCUUUUUAUUGCUUUAUGUAUGUAUAUAUGUAUAUGUGUGUUUUUACGGUUGUAUCGACAGAUGGUAACUCUGAAUAACAAAGAAAGAAUCGAUUUGUUCGAAGAUCAAGUUAUGAUCAACAAAAAAAAUACGAACAUAUAUAUAUAUAUAUAUAUAUAUACACAUAAAUAAUGAUAAUCAUAAUAUAAACGACGCAUGGACGUUGUGUAAUGGUAGGAAAAUGAAAGAUAUUUGAUAAAUUAUUCUCUUUUUGGUACCAAGUAGCUUUUUGACGCUUUGAUAUGAUACUUUCUUUUUAGAAGUAAUAUUUUUUCUUUGAAAACACGCAUUGCCUUUAAUAUAAAAAAAAAAAAAUAAAUAAAUAAAAUAAAAAAAAAAUAAUUCUUGAUCUAGAUUGCUUCGUGAAAAAUUCGAACAACGUAGAAAAAAACAUUGUGAAAUAUUGUGCACCACGUCGAGAAAAAAAGAAUAUGAUGCGCGAUCAUAACGCAAAAAGGAAAGUGAUCUUUUGUGAAACGAAUAAUUUAUGUAUGUGUUAGUUUUUAGGUGUACUACAUUAAAAGACUAUAACACAAGAAUGCUUAAAAUAUGUUAAGCAUUGUAAUGAUUAUUAUUAUUAUUAUUUAUGAAUAUUUUACUAUUGUCGAGAUACGUAUAAUGUUUAAAAGGUAAUGCGAACAAUGUGAAAGUUUAAAUAAAAAUAAACUUUAAAGAUAAUUAA